AUGGACAUGGGAUGUCAAUUAAGUGGUCAUAAAUGUGGACUUAAUAUGAAUUUCAUUCCAGUCUUUAUAAAUUUAUCAUUGAAUAUAUGCACACAGCAUUGUCAGUGCGACAAUGAAAAUUUUGUACUAAAUGGCGAACAAUGCAUUAAUCGAAACAAUUUAUUCAGGAAUAUUAUUAGUGAACCGAAGAAAAGAGAGGAGAGACAGAAUUCAUUAAAUUGUUUGUACGGGAACUGUUUGCUUUCUCAAGAAAUCCUUGAUUAUGGUUGUAAAUUAGAAGGACAACCAUGUGGACCGAAUAUGACGUUUCGAAUAGUCGAUAAAGAAGAACUUGGAGAUGAAGAGAUUCUUGGCGUUAAAUGUACUGCGAUUUGUAAAUGUGCCAAUGAAUUUUACGAAAACGAAGGACGGUGCAUUAAGAUAGACCAACAAAGCAUUCUUCAUCAGUACUAUAAUCCGUGUUCAAAACGAAAUUGCACAGUUGGUGAAAUGGUUUUCGAUGGUGGUUGUCGUUUAGCUGGACAAAACUGUGGAAUAAAUAUGAUAUUCGUUAUGCAUACUCGUGGUACAAUAUUUGCAUCAAACACUGAGUAUUGUUAUCAACGUUGCAGUUGCCAAAAUGGGGAAUUUGUUGAAAAUAAUUUACAAUGCGAAAAGAAAGAUGAAUUUCAUUCGGCGAAUGGAAUAUACCAAAUCGAUUUUAUUGAAUAUUGUCCACAAGAUCGUUACAAACUUGAAGAAGAGAUUUUUGAUGCGGGUUGCCGUUUGACUGGUCAAUAUUGCGCACCAAAUAUGGUAUUCAGGACUGUUCAAAAUUUUUCCAAUGAUUGUAUACAACGUUGUAUUUGUGAAGAAGAAUAUAAUUACAAUGAAGAAGAUGGAGAAUGCUUUAGAGAUUGGUACUGUGAAGAAGGACACUGCAAACUUGGAAAGGCGGUAUAUGAUAAUGGUUGUACGCUUACUAACUUUAAAUGUGGAACCAAUAUGAAAUUUAUUGUCUUGGAAAUAAUUGAUGAUGGAAAUUGCAUUCAAGUAUGUAGCUGCAUAGACGACGAAUAUAUUGGAAUUGAUGGCGAGUGUAUAAAACAAAGUGAAACGUCAGAAUAUCCACGUAUUUUGGAAUCAAGCAAUAAUAUUUCUGAUUAUCAGAANAUGAUUAAUGGCAAUUCGCCUGAUUAG